GAAGGGGAAUUCUUAUCCACACAUCUGGAGACCACCUUAUCCAGAUCAUCCCUCCACUUUCAUUCUUGCAUCCAAAGCUUCCACUCCAUCUCCAAUGGCUCAGAAACAGCUCUUUUCUGCAAAACCCACAUUCCAACACCCACUGCACUCCAAACUUGUCCGUGUUGCCCUGGUUCUCCAUGAGCAGGCAAUUGGGAGGAGAACAGCAGCCGCUGCGACCCUAGCAGCCGUGCUCCAGGUCAAGGAGGCACUGCUCUCCAGCUCAAACAUUGCUUCAGCAUUUGAUUUCUCACUCACUGCUCCAGACCAGACAUUGGAGGAAGCUGAUGCGGUGGUGAGGACCCAUGCGAGGGACCUUCUGCAGAUUAAGAGAUUCAUAGACAGGGAGUCAUGGAGGGAAGCCCAGGUUGCAUUGAGAGAGAGUUCAUCCUACCUGAAGCAGGAUCUCUACACUAUAAUUCAAGCCAAACCGGGGAGCCAGAGGCCGCAGCUGCGGAAGUUGUACUCUGUCCUCUUCAACAAUGCCUCGAUGCUUGAUUAUGCAGCGAGAGACAAGGACGCGAGCCGCGUGCAUGAAUGCUAUGACAACAUGGUGAAAACUCUGAAUGAGAUUUUUGCUGUGAUAUAAAAACGGUUAAAUGACAUUUGAUGCCUGUUUUGUCGAUCAAAACAUUUCUGUAUCUAGGAACAAUUGGUAAUCUCAUGCAAAUUUUUGAUAGAAGAGGCUUCCUUGUUGCAUCCAUAAUGUACGAUUGUGUGACUCAGUUCGAUUCACGGCUUCUGAAUCGUACGAUCCUAUAAUUCAGAUCA